ACGCGCUACUCCAUUUUUAGUGAUGCAACUGGAACAGCUUCCCACCGCACUAUGGUCUAUGGAUGAUCUGUGAGGUGGCCCUCUAAGCACUGGAUUCGCGUGGGGUUGGGUAUGAGCGAAUACACGCUAGACAAACUCAGUGAAGAUGUUGGAAGAGCAGAGGCGAAUAUGGCUCCGAUCAAAUCCAGGAAAUUGAAGUGAGAAGAGACAGAAAGAGAGAAAGAUGGCAGCAGACGUGGCAUGCUGUGGAACCAAGUUCUUCAUAUAUGUGUUGAUAAUCGUGGGAUUGGUGGGGUUUGCGGGUCUCAUGGCUGGACUCACUCUGGGACUCAUGUCUCUGGGUCUCGUCGACCUCGAAGUCCUCAUCAAGUCGGGCCGCCCUCAGGAUCGCAUCCACGCCGCAAAAAUAUUUCCGGUGGUAAAGAAUCAGCAUCUUCUGCUUUGUACACUUCUUAUCGGCAAUUCUUUAGCUAUGGAGUCUCUUCCCAUCUUCUUGGACAAGCUGGUACCUCCAUGGGCUGCAAUUCUGAUAUCAGUCACUCUCAUUCUCAUGUUUGGCGAGAUAUUGCCACAAGCUCUCUGUACCAGAUAUGGCAUGACUGUAGGAGCAACAAUGGCACCCUUUGUCCGGGUCCUUCUUUUGUUAUUCUACCCCAUUGCUUAUCCAAUUAGCAAGGUUCUCGAUUGGAUGUUGGGCAAGGGACAUGCUGCCCUUUUAAGAAGAGCAGAGCUUAAAACAUUUGUGGAUUUUCAUGGCAAUGAGGCUGGGAAAGGAGGGGACCUAACACAUGAUGAGACUACUAUUAUUGCUGGGGCACUCGAGUUAACUGAAAAGACUGCCAAAGAUGCCAUGACUCCCAUAUCGAAGGCAUUUUCCCUUGAUCUGGAUGGAACUCUUACUUUGGAGACUUUGAAUGCAAUAAUGACAAUUGGGCAUAGUAGAGUUCCAGUUUAUGCUGGAAAACCAACAAAUAUAAUUGGACUUAUCCUGGUUAAAAAUCUUUUAAUGGUUGAUCCAGACAAUGCUGUUCCUCUAAGAAAAAUGGUCAUAAGAAAAAUACCUAGGGUUUCUGAAAACAUGCCUCUUUAUGAUAUUCUAAAUGAAUUUCAGAAGGGCCACAGUCACAUUGCUGUUGUAUUUAAGGAUAUGAAUGAGACAAAAGAGGUACAAAAUAAAACAAAAGACGGUGCACUUCAGGUGUCUAUGAAAAGAGAGCAUGAUGAGGUGGGAGCUACUGCAGUGACUCAUAAUCUAGGAGUUAAACAGGAAUUGCAUGAUGCUGGCACAGCUGUAGCCAAGAAUGAUGCAGAUCUACAGCAAAAGAAAAAUCCUGCUGUUCCUGUCUUUAAGAAGCGACAUAGGGGUUGUUCAUUUUGCAUUUUGGAUGUUGAGAAUGCUCCCCUUCCUGAGUUCCCACCGAAUGAAGUUGCUGUUGGUGUAAUUACUAUGGAAGAUGUCAUUGAAGAACUUCUUCAGGAAGAGAUAUUGGAUGAAACUGAUGAAUAUGUAAAUAUCCACAACAGGAUAAAGGUCAACAUGCAUGCAUCAUCUCAGGAAAAGGAUCCCAACUCAAACCCACCACAGCCUUCUACCAAGGUGUCAUCCAUUGCUGGCAUGCUUACCCCUACACUGCCAGCGUCAACAGGCCUCAACCCUGCUCAAAAUUCUCCCACUUCUCCAUGCCUGGAAGCUCCAGGUCCCACACCAACCCUCUCAAUCUCUUCCAGUACUUCAAAAUCAGGCUCGUCCAUUACAACACAUAAACUAUCUGGAGAGGAUCUGUUAAGAGACUGUUAACGUGUUGUUUUCUUUGUUCCUUGUCUGAUUAUCAAGCUUAAAAGAAGUGAAUACUGCAUAAGAUAGCUAGAAGGCCGGGCUUGGUCACUUUAGGAAGACUAGGGAGGAAGUUGUAUGCCUAACAAGAAAACUAGAUGGACUGCUCUAAAUAUUGUUUUGUGAUAGUUAGCAGAAUGAACCCCAUGCAUUGAGGUCUAUGUUGAGGUUGAUGUGUAUUAAUGUAUGUUUUAUUGUUGAUCGACUUGUACUAAUAUUUAUGUUCUCUGGCCUGUUGGAGAAGAAGUAGAAAUUACUGGCCUGUUUGUUAA